CAAAAUCUCACGCCACUUCAUGGUUCUGUUUUCUCCAUCUUCCCCUAUAUAAUCCCACCCUUCCCCACUUUGAUUCCAACAUCUUCAAACCAUUCAAUCACAUCUCAAAACCAAAAAAAAAAAAAAAACCCAAAAAAACAAUUACCCAAACACAAAUUCUCCAGCUAUGAAAUAUUGCAUUGAUGCCCUCUCUCUAACUAGAUUGCUGACUCUGUUGGCAACCUUUGCACUCAUCUUGGCUGCUUCGCCGCCUGUGCCGGCCGACAAGUCGCAAGUAAACAAAUGGUUUUCCGACAAUGUGAAGCCGUUAGCCGAUCGCAAGGCGGAGCUGGAUCCAGCGCUCGUGGCUGCCGAAGAGGGCGCCACCGUGGUUAAGGUGAGGGCCGACGGAAGUGGAGAUUUCAAGACCGUCACAGAAGCCAUCAACAGCGUGCCCACAGGUAACACCAAACGAGUUGUGAUUUGGAUCGGAGGAGGAGUUUACAAAGAGAAGCUUAAGAUUGAGAGAACAAAGCCAUUCGUUACCCUUUAUGGGUCUCCUAAUAAUAUGCCCAAUUUGACAUUUGAUGGCGAUGCAAACAAAUUUGGCACUGUCUACAGUGCAACAUUGACUGUUGAGUCUGAUUAUUUCACCGCUGCCAAUCUCAUCAUCGUGAAUUCAUCACCGAGGCCAGAUGGAAAAAGAAAAGGAGCACAAGCAUUAGCGGCCAGACUAAUGGGGACCAAAGCGGCGGUUUACAAUUGCAAAUUCAUUGGGUUUCAAGACACUCUUUGUGAUGAUGACGGUUUGCAUCUCUACAAGGAUUGCUUCAUUCAAGGGACAGUCGAUUUCAUUUUCGGGAAAGGAACAUCUCUUUAUUUGAAUAGUCAGCUGGAUGUGGUGGGAGAUGGGGGAUUGGCAGUGAUCACAGCACAUUCAAGAGAAGAAGAAUCUGACCCCAGUGGAUAUUCAUUCGUGCAUGGCAGCAUUACAGGAACUGGCGGCAAAAACACUUACCUAGGAAGAGCUUGGAUGGCUAGGUCCAGAACUGUCUUCGCCUACACGACCAUGGCUGACAUCAUCAAUCCCGAAGGCUGGAACGACAUGAAACAUCCUGGCUUUGACAGCACUGUUUUGUUCGGAGAAUACAAGUGUUCGGGACCGGGGUCGGAACCAAGUGGACGUGUGAAAUACAGCAAGCAAUUGAGCGAUGUGGAAGUGAAGCCCUUCGUCAGCCUUGGGUUCUUGCAAAGUGACAAAUGGUUGCUUCCUCCUCCCAAUCCUGAGGCAUAGAGGCUUUAAAUUUUAACAAUGGCGAUUGCAAGAAGUGGGAGUUUCAUUUAUAGAACAUAUAGCACUCGGCAAUCAAUUACUUUUUCUUCCGCGUAUGGGCUUUUUUGGUUCCGACUUUUUAUAAAUGGCAUUCAAAUUAUAUGCCGUUCUAUUGUAAUUGAUUCCAUUUUUUGGAGAAUAAUAAAUGUACUAGUUUUUUCAGGAGUAAAUAAAAUAAUUCGAAUUUCGGGACAAAAA